UCUGUCAGACAUUCAGUCAAGUUCAGUCGCAAAAUGUUGCAGGAAAUAAUUUGUAUUAUCCUUGUUAUUAAUUCAUUUAAUUCGUUUAGUGCUGCAAUUCAUGUUUCUGAAUACAACGAAACAAAUUUAGUUUCUUUAUUUAGAUCUCAGUUAUCUGAGUUGAGAGCUGGACAGGAAAAGAUGAUGAAUAAACUUGCUGACGAAUCGGAAUUUCGAGCAGAUUUGCAGCUUAUAAAAGCAGAACUUGAACUACUGAAAAAACAUAUAAAUGUUGUGGUAUCGGAUAAUCAAUGUAGAGCAGAGACCGACAAACAGAAAAAAGAUAUAAUUGGUAAGGAAACAAAAAUUCGAACACUGAAAGCAGAUAUCCUAACUCUGAGAACGGAGUUGCAGCAAAAAAAUAAAGAUUUAAUUGAUAAGGAAACGAAUAUUCUGACUUUACAAGCAGAGUUGGAAAUCCAAAAGAAAAGUGUACUUGACAAGCAGUCUCAUAUCCAAUUGCUUAAAAAUGAAAAUCAGCAUCUUAGAACGGAGCAGGAGCUUAAUAGAAAGUUACUUCAAACACACAAUUGUGCAGAAGCCAAGUCUAGUGGGAUUAAGGAAAUACUCCUCCCCAAAUUUAGUAGUCAACCUUUUAAAGUUGCCUGCGAUGCGAAAACCCAAGGAGGAGGUUGGACCAUUAUCCUGAGAAGGAUGGAUGGCAGUGUAAAUUUUAAUCGAAACUGGACGGAAUAUAAAAAUGGAUUUGGUGAUCUGAAUGGCGAGUUCUUCUUGGGCUUAGAUAAGAUAUUUGAAAUAACGGCAGAAAGAAGGCAAGAGUUACUUGUUCUUCUCGAGGACUAUCAGGGAGUCAAUGCAUUUGAGAAGUACGAUGUAUUCGCAAUUGGAAACGAGGAUCAACAAUAUGAAUUACACACUUUGGGCAAAGCCAGUGGAACUGCAGGUGAUUCAUUCUCACGUCAUCGUGGCAGCAAAUUUUCUACAUUCGAUCGGGAUAAUGAUGGUAGAUCGGAUAGAAACUGCGCCGAAGUAAAGACUGGCGGCUGGUGGUACCGUUCCAGCUAUAAUUGUGAAUACUGCCAAUUGACGGGAACAUACGGAAACAACAAUUUUCUCAAAGGCGUCAAUUGGUACGACUUUGGGAGAUCUGAAUACUCCUUGAAGAAGGCCGUUAUGAUGAUUCGGCCCAGAAAGUGAAUUCCCAAGUCUUAAAAGGAGUUUCUUUAUUAUAUGCAUAUUUUUCUAGAGAAUUUAAAUAAAAACCAUUGUCAUUCUCUGUA